AUGCGUUAUCUCUUGAAUGUCCGGAAUGAGACCCCAGGAGAUUGUCCAAUUUGCUAUAAUUCAAUUAAUAUUUCAUGGGUUGUGCUACCUUGUGCUCAUUGUAUUUGCCCACAAUGCUUUCAUCGCUUGGCUAACUGGUUAACGUUUUUUUCUAUUUUUUUGUUAACUGAAGUUGCAAGCCAUUUUAUUUUAUAG